AAGCUUUUCUUCCAGAAAGCUUUGAGUGCACUAGACCAGGCUCUUGAUUCAUUCGCCACCAUGGCCCCCAACAACAGCAACCCAUCCUUGUCACAUGCUCUUGAGGCUCUUGGAGAGGUGAGAAUUGCCAACUUCAGCCAGGCACAGCUGCAGAGUGAUGGCUUUGUCAGCAGCUGGUUCCAGACAAAGAUCCGUCCGUUUUUGGCCUCUCCAUCGCCCAACUUCCUAUUCUGCCUGAGCUCCAAGAACUUCAGCUGCCAUACGUACCAGACUGUCAUCCGGGUAUUCAGCAGCCAAAGGCCAUCCAUGGAGCAAGAAACACAGCAAGCAGUCUUCACUCAUUUCAUCAAACCAUUCCUUUCAAGAAAUGACUCAUCAGAUCCUGGCUGUGUCUCAUCUAUCAGAAGUAGUGAAGAGUGGAUACAGGCAAACCUUGGCGGCUUCUCUGGUUUUGCAUCCCUGCGAGAUUUGCAAGCCCUCAAUCCCAACUUCUCCAGUGCCGAAUCGUUGUCAGUGCUCACUCCUGCUCAGGUGGCACAGCUGACGCUGAGCUCAGGGGCCUCGAAUGACACAGACCAAAUCGACCGGGUGUUUGAGCGACUUGAGGAGGGUAAUGCUCUGGAGAAUGUGGAUGAAUUCCUGACACAGCUGACAGCAAAUGGAAAGGUCCCUGAUUUCCAACCUGUUGUGAGAGAUCGUAAUGAAUAG